AUGGUUGACUUGCAAAAGACUCUGUCUCAAGAAGACAUGGAUGAUAUUAUAUACGAGGCUAGAGUAGGAGAUCUUGACUCCCUAAAGGAAAUCUUUGAGAAAUUUGUCGAUCCGCAAACACUAAUGAGCAUCAAGGAUGAAUACACUUUAGCUACCCCUAUACACAUGGCAGCGGCGAAUGGAUAUGACCAGGUGUGUCAAUACCUUUUGGAACUGCUUUCUAAGGAUGAUGCACAAUAUCUAGUUAAUAAACAGAAUGAAUCGGGAAAUACAGCGCUGCAUUGGGCAGCGUAUAAUGGGCACGUAAAGACGAUCAAGGUACUUUGCGAGUUUGGCGCGGACCCAUUCCUCAAAAAUAUCUUUAGCCACGACGCUAUCUACGAGGCAGAGAAGAAUAACAAACCUGAAGUGGAAAAGUAUUUCCUGGAGACGUUUGAUGUUAAGCAGGACGAUGACGAACCCGCACAAAAAGUGCAGUACAAGGAGGGAACAGAGAUCAGGAAGGCAACGGAAGAAUCGCAUGAAGUGGAAGGUAUCCGUCAGGGGCUUGAGGCUAAUCAGUUGUGA